GUGGGAAUGGCGUGGAGAAAUAGCGCGGUCACUUAUGGAUUGUUUUACAACAGAAGGAUUUUAUGUUUUCUUGAUGUCUGGAUUCCUUAAACAAGGGGUGUAAGUGUCUGUGUUACGUCGAAGGAAACAUCAGCUGUAGUUGAUUCUCAGACACGAAGCAUCGGUCGCGGUUGAGACGCAGGGAUCUGGCGAGCGGGGGAAAAAAGUGAUCGACGAAGACUGAGGUGUUACCUCUCUGUGUGCUCAUGGAUCUCCCUGUGGCAUUCUUUCUGCUGUGGGGACUGCUGCUGGACAUGUUGAGUGGUGCGGUAGGUGGCAUUCUCUACCGUGUGCAUGAGGAACAGCCUCCCAGCACGCUCAUUGGCAGCCUGGCGGCAGACCAGGGCCUACCAGACACUGGACACUUGUACAAACUGGAGGUGGGUGCUCCUUAUUUGCGGGUGGAUGGAAAGACUGGGGAUAUCUUUACCACUGAGAUCCCCAUAGACAGAGAGACUUUAAAGGACUGUCGCAACAAAGGCAAGCCCUGCUUUCUGGAGUUUGAGGUGUCUGUCACAGACCUUAUUCAGAAUCAGAGUCCACGGCUGAUAGAGGGAAGGAUUGAGGUGCAGGAUAUCAAUGAUAACACACCACAGUUUCCCUCACCUGUCCUCACCCUCUCGGUUCCAGAGAACACCCACAUGGGGGCACUCUUCUCAAUUCCGCUGGCCACUGACAAAGACACAGAGAGGAAUGGAGUAGCUGACUACACCUUAACAGCAGGACCAGAGGCUGUAGCACUCUUUGGUCUGCAGGUUGCAGAAGACCGUGGUGAAAAAUUGCCUCAACUGAUUGUUUUGGGAAGCCUUGAUAGAGAGCUGAAAGACUCCUAUGACCUCACCAUCAAAGCUGUGGAUGGAGGCAAUCCACCUCGCUACAGCAGUGCCUUGCUGAGGGUCGUGAUCGCUGAUGCCAAUGACAAUGCACCCAAAUUUGAAAAAUCAUCCUACGAUGCAGAAGUUGCAGAGAACAGCCCAAUCGGACACUCUGUGUUGCAGGUGAAGGCUAAUGAUUCAGACUUGGGCCCUAAUGGUGAGAUUGAAUACACAUUACAUCAGGAAAUUGAUCCUGUUCCAAAACUACUCCAGAUAGACCGUUCCACAGGUAUCAUAUAUGUCAAAGGCCUGAUAGAUCGUGAGGAGAUCAACAACCUCAAGUUUUACGUCAUCGCACGAGACAAAGGCCCCUCACCCAAAAGUUCAAAAACAUAUGUUUCUAUUGAUGUGAUGGACCAGAAUGACAAUGCACCAACAGUCGAGAUUCGUGGCAUUGGACUUGUGACCCAUAAUGAUGGGGUAGCAAACAUAUCAGAGGACAUGCCAGUUGGCACUGCAGUGGCACUAGUGCAGGUUUCAGAUAAGGAUGAAGGGGAGAAUGCUGUGGUGACCUGUGUGGUUGCAGGUGAUGUUCCUUUUCAGCUUCGGCCAGCCAGCGAUUCCUCAGUGGAUAACAAGAGGAAGUACUUCCUGCAGACUACAACACCUCUGGACUAUGAAAGAGUCAGGGACUACCGGGUGGAGAUAGUGGCAGUGGAUUCAGGCAACCCGGCUCUGUCCAGCACUAACUCUCUUAAAGUCCAAGUGACUGACACAAAUGAUAAUUCCCCCAUUUUCUCACCAACCCUAUUUGAAGUGGAGUUUGCUGAAGAGAACCAGCCAGGGGAAAAAGUAUUAGAUGUAUUCGCCUCAGAUGCAGACAUUGGCACAAAUGCAGAGCUAGUCUACAGCAUUCUUGCCGACUCUUCAACAAGGGGGCUAUUUGAGAUUGACCCCAACUCAGGUGAAGUACGUGCUCGGAGCCCUCUAGAUCGUGAGCACAAGGAUCGAUAUGAGUUCCGUGUUACUGCAGCUGAUAAAGGGGUUCCUAGUCACAGGGGAACUGCCACAGUUGUAAUCAAGGUGCUUGAUCGGAAUGACAAUGAUCCCAAGUUCAUGCUGAGUGGCUACAGUUUCUCAGUCUUGGAGAACAUGCCUCCCCUUAGCCCUGUUGGCAUGGUAACUGUACAGGACAUGGAUGAAGGUGAAAAUGCUCAAGUGCAACUUUUUGUGGAACCAGAUGUAGGGAAAUUUGUGAUCCAGAAUGGCACAGGCACUAUCCUGUCCAGUAUCUCAUUCGACCGCGAGAAGGAAAGCAGCUACACAUUCCGGUUGAAAGCUGUGGAUGGAGGGGACCCACCCAGGUCAUCCUACGUUGGUGUGACCAUUAACGUCCUUGAUGAGAAUGAUAAUGCACCUGUUGUCACCAAACCAUCUAACUCAUCCUUCAGACGACUGUCUCCAAUGGCUGCCCCAGACAGUGUUGUGGAAGUAGUUGAAGCAGAGGACAUUGAUUCUGGGUCCAAUGCUGAGCUGGUAUAUAGCAUAGCAGGUGGAAACCCACAUGAUCUUUUUUACAUCUCUCCGUCUGAUGGAGAGAUCACGCUAACAAAGGAACUAACUCGAAAACAUAGUGGUUUGCAUCGACUUGUCAUAAAAGUGAGUGACAAGGGGAAACCAUCCCGUCAUGCCAUUGCCUUGGUACACAUUUACGUAAAUGAGACCAUUGCUAAUAUAAGUCACAUUGAGGCAAUUGUGGGACACAGUUUGUAUACCCCACUGGACAUGGACAUUGCAGGAGACCCUGAUUUUGGUUUGGCUGCCCAAAGAAGCAACAUUGUGUAUGGCAGUUUGGCUGGAGUGGCGGGCGUUGUCACUGUGAUUGUUGUGGUUGUCUUUAUCAGGCAUCGCCUUCAGAGGGAAGCUAAGAGUGGUUACCAAGCUGGCAAGAAGGAGACCAAAGAUCUGUAUGCCCCCAAGCAAGGGCCAAAAAGUGGCAAGGGUAGAAAGGGUAAAAAAGGUAAGCCACCAAAGUCACCCAAACCUCUUGGAGAGGAAGAAGACGUCAGUCUUCAAAAGAGUCUCAAAUUUAACCUUGAUGGGGUUAAUGACAGCCCCAGGAUCCAUUUGCCUCUGACAUAUCCACCUGGAAGUCCUGACCUAGGCAGGCACUACCGUUCCAAUUCCCCAUUGCCCUCCAUCCAGCUCCAGGCCCAGUCACCAUCUGCCUCCCAAAAGCACCAGGCUGUCCAGGAGCUACCUGCUGCCAACACCUUUGUGGGAACAGGAGGUGAUGACAACUCCACGGGCUCAGACCAGUACUCGGAUUACAGCUACAAGACCAAUCAACCAAAAUACAGCACAAAAACGCUCCCACAUCGCAGAGUGACGUUCUCCACAGCAAAUCCCGUGCAAGAUCAGCAGGACUCUUCCCAGCAGAGUUACUACGACAGUGGCUUGGAGGAGUCUGAGACCCCGAGCAGCAAGAGCUCUUCAGGGCCACGUAUCGGCCCCCUUGCCCUGCCUGAGGACCACUAUGAGCGAACCACCCCUGAUGGCAGCAUUGGCGAGAUGGAACACCCAGAAACCGAUAUUCGCUCAUUGCCUGAUGUUGCCAUGACAGGAAACUGCAGUCAGGAGUGUAGCGAGCUGGGUCACUCAGAUGCCUGUUGGAUGCCAGGUCAGCCUUCACCCGUCCGCAAGACACGCAACCCCCCGAAAAUGUCUACGUUUGUGCCUUAUCAGGAGAGGGGGAGCCUGGGACGCCUGGCCAAUGGAAGUGUGAGGCUUGGAGGAGAGGAGAACAGGCCACGCCUCCCACCUUCUCGUAGUGCCUACUCCAGUAGUGACCACACCCCUAGUGACCACGCCCAACUGGAGGAGGUGCCUCUGAAUGUGACAUCAGAGUUCCCACCCACCAGUCCCACCUCCAAACACUCCUCGAAAAGGGAGAUAUACCUGUGAGAUAACCACACCCACCAUCUUCGAUUGAUGCACAUAAAAAGUUACAGAGACACAGUUUUGCAAUGAGAUGUUUGUAAACGAACAUCGAACCUGCGACUGGAUGAAAUAUCAAUUUAAUAGUGGGAAAAUACACUAUUUGAUAUCAAAAAUGUGUUGAAGAGUAGAUUUAUUUAUUUUAUUUAUUUAAUUAGUUCAUUAAUCCAUCUAUUUUUUUUUACAUACCAUCAAAAACAAUCGACAAAUACUUCGAUGUGACUAACCGAGUUUUAGCUUCACUAAUCUGCAGAAUGUUGAUGGGUUCUCUAAAUACAUUGUGCAAAGUGUCAUGUGCAGGAGAUACUGCUUUUAAGGGUCUUGAGCCACAUAUAGAGUGUCUAACACUCUUAACUUGAUCCUGUCCUCAGAGGGGUGCAGUCUUUAUACAUGUGAAAUGCUGUAAAUAUAUUUGUAUGGUGUAGAUAUGAAUAUUAAUAUCAGGCUUGACUUGAAAAAUAAUAAAAAAAGUUACAUCUAAAUCAGCCUGAACACCUGAUGUGUGUGCUGCUUUUGAGGGUCAAAAUGUGUGUAAUGGUUAGAUGGGAAGGUGAAUAAAAGAACUGCCGUGGAGGGGACAAAUUUCUAAUACUGGUGCUCUGUAACCCUCGCUGUGCCCGUCUAGGCCACACAGUGUCUAGUUUGUGUGUAUUUGUGUGGGUGUGUAUUAGGUGAGGAGGGAGGGUUUAACAGGGAAAAACACUAUGACAGAGCUAACCAUGUACCAAUGUAACACGUGUGGCUUCUGGCACAUUGACACGCAAUUCUACAGAUGAGAAUGCACAUGCAGAACUGGUGUUUUCUGGCACUGUGAAUCUUCUAUUACUUCUGAACUCCCACAGUGUAGUGUAGUCUCUGUGGUGCUCGCAAAGACGUUUCAGCUCACAUAGUACAGCGUCAGUGAGGAGGAGACCGUCUGCCUUCCUUCUGAUUAUCAGUAUGUUUACCAUUUAAAUACUACUGCAGCCACGGUGGUUACCACAAAAAUAGUGAUUGAGAGUCCACGAACAUGCAGAGCCUCCAUCAAAUGGAUACAUUUUGCCACAAUCAUAUUCAUGGUCUUGCUUUCGUGGUUUACAUGGUUUUUUUUUUGUUUGUUUUUUAUGAUUGAUUUUAAAGGGAAAUCUUUGUGUCCUAUUUUCAUUUUGUUUCAAAGAACAAAUGUAUUAAUGCCUUAAAACUGUUGUAUAUAACAAUCACAAUGGACAAAUUAGACUGAUAAUCCUGUCUUGUCUUUCGCAUGUCAAUUGUGCAUGUUUUUUUUCCACAAUCAAAAAAAUACAAAUGUUGGAAAAUAUUACAUUAGCGCACCAUAUUUUGUCUAUAUUUUUCACCACCUUAUUAUACAUAAAUGUUCUGUCCUCCAUUGAUUGUGUAUAUCUUCUGGUUUAACUCGUUUUCUUUUUGUUUUUUUUGACACUGUGUUGACUAUCUAACCUGCUCUAGCAGUCUCCCUCCAUGUUUGAGAGCAUUUUUGAGGGGACUAUUUUGACAAUGACUAUCUAGUGUGCUCAAGGAUCCAUAUAACUAAUGGAGAUUUUCAUAACUCACAGUGUAGCAGCUCGAUAUCUUUCCUCACCUGUUGCAGCAUGAUACCUGCCUAGAUCCCAGAGCUUGGGCAAGUGCGAGUUUGUGUCUGCAGGGGGGUAAAUGGGGUAUACUGUGAUGGGCAUUUCCUUAAUUAGGGUGAGUAUUGAGUGUUGUGUAUCUGGCAUAUGUGAACACUCCAGCCCCCAAAGAAAGAACAGAUCAUGGAUAAGAUCCCGGUCCAUCAGUGAAAAUAUGGCUUUAAUUAUUUAGAGUCACUCUUUUUACUGCGCUUACCUCAUUGCGACUGUCAUACGAACAUAUGAAAAUUACCAUAGCCAUGGUUAAAUAAGGUGAAUAAUUAUCCCGCCCUAAGGAAAGAAAGCACAUUAUGCUGUUUUCAAAGCCAUUUAGUAACUAUGAUAAAAAAACAGCAAGAGUCAUGAUCCAGUGUGAUUAGCCCAGUUCACAUUCCCCUCCUCUUUGCCACGACUGCUCUUAGCUUCAGCUCUGCCUAGGCAAAAGUGUGAGAUCGCUGACCUGACUUAACAAAGAUAAAAGAUAGAGAUGACCACAAAACUCUACCACCACUUAAAGGCUUUCAUCUAUUCAAACUCUGAGAGAAGCAGAAUUUGACCUUACCGCACUCUGAUGCCAGCCUGAGACAGAUUCUCUGAAUUGCAGGUUUUGCCUUCUCUGAAUUCAUCAUGAAUUUGUGAGUCUGGCUCUUUUAUUCAAUGUAAUUCUAAGGCUAUAGACUCUGAGUCAUUUUCCCAGAUAACUGGUUUUGUUUCCUGGGCCCCUCAGAGGACAGACUCAGUAAUGUCCACUUCUUGUGGUUGUUUUUUUAAACUGGUGUUUAGAUGUGUGCUCUUUCGCUGUUAGAUGUCUCUAUAGCUGAGGACUUAUGGAUGUGAAAAGACCAUAAUGAAUGAAUAAGUCUUUUCUUUGUCCCUAGAAUGAGACUUUUUCUUCAUAGAGUAACGAAAACUGGUGUUUGUGGUAAACAUCUCUCAAACAAAGUGUUUUGUACAUAGCUCUCCACAACCCCAUGUGCGUGGUGUCAAGCAGGCGACAAGUUGAGCAUGAAUUCCAAAGAUAAUUGGUAGAAACCGUUUACUGUUCCUGCUAAGAUGUUAGUGCCAGUUCAGAAACCUUUCCUUGAGAACAAAAUAGAUGUUCACUGCACAAACUCAUCCUCACCGUUCACCCCAAACUAAAGACAGCUGCCUUGAAAGUAUGUCUUUUGCAGGAGAGUUCAAAACUUGUUAUCCUUAAUUGUUGGUUAUAUUUAUAUAGGACUAAAAUGCUUGUGAUGAUCUGUUUUUGUACAGUUUUAUGUACAUGCAAGUGAAGCUUUUUAAAUCUUACAACAAAAGCCGAUGGCAUAUAAAAAUCGUAAAGUGUUUAUUAAGAUUGCCUUGGAUGGAUUGAUCUUUUGCUGAGUCAGUGUGAAUGUGGCCGUUGUAUGCCUGCACCGUAGUCAUUCACUGGCUCCUGUCACCGAGGGCUUUAUCAGUUUUUAUGUUUAUAGUGAACAGUGGUUUGUCUGAUCCGACUUGUUUGUUUAAUUUUCAUGUGUUUUGUUUCGUUCUGUUCCGCAUGUUGAAAACAAACUCCUUGUAAUAAGUCCUUGCAAAGUUUGUAAUAAAAUGA